AUGGAAAACACUCUAGACGACAUCUUCGGCUCCUCCCCACCCCACGACGCCCCCGACCACAACCACCACCACCACACUCCCGCUCCCGCAAACGAACCCUCCGACCUCCCCUCCCUCCGCCGCCAACACGUCACCGCCGGCUACCGCGACGGCCUCGCCGCCUCCAAAUCCACUCAAGUGCAAUCCGGCUUCGACGCGGGCUUCCCCAUCGGCGCCCAGCUCGGCAUGCGCGUGGGCACGAUCCUGGGGAUCUUGGAGGGGGCGAUCCGCGGGCUGGAGCAGCCGACGCGGAAGGGGGUCCGCAAACCCGGUGGCAGUGCUACUUCCAGUCCCGGUAGCGCCAUGGGCAGGCAGGGUCCACCGGUGGCUAAAGAUAAAGGUGUCGCUGCGACGGUGAUUGGGUUUGAGGAUUUCCCGGCUGGCGAGGGUGUGGGUGUGGGUGGUGGUGGUGGUGGAGGUGCUACGGUUACGGCUACGGCUUCGGCCACGACUACCACUGAAGCAACAGCGGAGGAAACGCCCCGCGAGAAGAAACGCGCCGAACUGCUGGGGCUGUAUCGUCGGGCGGUCCGGGAGUUGGACAUUCGGAAGGUGUUUGAGGGGGUGGUUUCUGCGGAUGAGCUUCCAGGUCAGGGGGGUGACUUUACGUCCGGGACUGGGGCCCAGCCGGACCUGCCGGAGACGAAAUUGGCCCGCAAGGCGGAGGAGGUGAUUUCCGGGUGGGAGCGGCGGGUCCAGGUGGCGCUGUGGGAGGAGAAUAUGGAUGCGUUGGAGUUGAAGGAGUUGUCGGGUUGA